CUGGUCGUUCGUCAUGUUCGAUGCGUUGUGUUAUUGACGACACGGGGGAGAACCAGCGGUGAUCCUGUUGGAGUCCGGGGGAUACGUCGGAGGGAGGCACGUACUAAAUGGGGCUAAGGCCCGAUGGUCACACUCAGGAAAUUCAAAAUGACUAAUUGUCAGACUAGUUGGUGUAGCAGGGUUCGCUCUUCCGUGAAGUACGUAUACACCUUUCCAGGCGAUACCUGCCGCGUCGUACUUCGCCGCUAGCAUACGAGGACGAGCGCCUGUGUUGGUAGAUGUUGAUAAUCUGGUCUUCUGUGUGUCCCACUCUCUCUCUCUCUCUCCAUCUCUUUAUCUCUGUCUCUUCUUAUACUCACGACGCCCUGAGCUCCACCACGAAGAACCAUGGCUUCUGGUGCAUCCUCUUUGGAUAGUGCUGGGAGUAGCGAUGGCGCACUUAAUGUGGAGGCGGAUAGCGAAAGCUAUGGCAGUGUCGGAAGUCCGGGUAGUAAUCCCGAGCGUCGUAGCGACUAUGAUGGUUUACAGGCUCAAUGUGAUCAGGCAAUUCAUCAGCUUCAGCUACUUAGGCAUAAGCACUCCGAUACCAUGAGACGGAUAAUUAUAAUCCAAGAGCGUAAAAGAGGUUUGUGCACAAACAGGUGUGAGCAUAUGAAGGAAUUGGAAUACUAUCGCGCUCAACAUAUAGCAGUCAUGAGUCAACUGGAAGCGACAUCACAAGAAAGCUCUACACUACGGGCAAAAUAUGGCGAUCUGGCGAACGACAAGCAACGACUCGAUCGGGAAGUCCAGACACUUCAGAAAGAAUUGUCCGAACUUCGAUUACAAAACCAAGAGGUUCUCGUUUCCGAAGCCACGGGCAGCGAUGCUAUGAAUCAACAUUAUUUAUCAGCGUUGCGCAAGUACGAAGCUAUUAAGGACGAUUACGAUUCCCUUAGGAAACGAUACGACGAUUUGAUAUCGUCUCACUCUUCCGCCGUAAAUAAACUAGAGUUAUCGCAAGAGGAAACUAAGAGACUCAGAUCGCAGUACGAGAGCGCCGUGACCGAACGUAACGAGGCAAUUCGCGAGCGCAACGGUCUGAAGCAGCAGUGCACAGCCGCGAUUCGCCAGUGGGAUAUCUCUCUCAGGGAGAGAAACGAAUAUCGCGAGGCGCUCGUCAAGCUGCAGCAGCAGCAUGAGGACGCGGUGAAGGAGAUUAAUCAGGCGAUGGUAUUGCGUAUGAAAGCUAGCAAGGAUAUGAAACGAUUGACGGAAGAACGGAACGCCGCUCUUCAAGAAUACAGUUUAAUCAUGGGUGAACGAGACACGGUACACAAAGAAAUUGAAAAGCUAGGCGACGAUCUCACGCAAGCGUAUGCGAAGAUCACGCUUUUAGAAACUCAAAAUAAGCAGCUCAUCGAAGAGAUCGAUUGUAUUACUUAUUUGCAGAAAAAAACGUUGACUUAUCAAAUUGAGACUUUGAAAAGAGAGAUCGCAUCAGCUUUGCAAGACAGGGAUGAGGCCCUGAAGACGUGCAAUGAGUUGCAACAAAAAUUAGGCGGUUACUCUGAUAGCUCUAGCAGAGAUUACAAGCAUCGCUUAGAACUAAAUUCGCUCAGUCGUGAACGCGAUAACGUCAGCAAGGAAGCGGAAAAGGAAACUAAUCCGAGAGACUACACGACACGAGACAAACAACGUAUGGAUAAUUUAGAACAAGCAAAUAUUGAAUUGGACAAAUUGAGAAAAUCAGUGGAUACGCUGCAGACAGAACUUGAAGAAGCGAUUCAGGAGGCUGAAGUGUCAAAGAGAAGAAGAGACUGGGCCUUUAGCGAGCGUGAUAAGAUAGUACUGGAGCGAGAGAGUAUAAGAACUCUGUGCGACAGACUGCGGAAAGAACGCGAUCGCGCGGUCUCCGAAUUGGCCAAUGCUCUACGCGACUCCGAUGACAUUAAGAAACAACGAAACGAGGCGUCGAAAGAACUGAAAGACUUGAAAGAGAAAAUCGAAUUCGGCGAUCACGCGUUGCGUACCACUCAGGUGGCACAGAUCGACGAAAGCAACGAUUGGGAGAUCAUUCCGAUUCAUAUAGAUUCCAGCAGAAUUUGUUUGGAUUUAGACCGUGGCGAUCUGGGAUUUAUUCUUGUCGGCGGCCGCGACAGUCCGUAUUAUCCGAAUGACACCGGUGUCUACGUCGCACAGGUGACACAAGGUAGCGCUUUUGAUGGCAAACUGAGAGUAAACGACUGUAUCGUGCGAGUGAACAACGUCGACUGCACAUCCGUGCCAACGCGCGUUAUUUUAGAGACUCUUCGCAAUUCUAAUGUAAAUCCGGCAACUCUGCUUGUAAAGCGACGUCGAAUAACUAGACGUUCAUUGAGAACCACGCAGCUAGCGGUUGGUACGGUACCGCAUGGUAUCACUCUAGAACUCGGAAUCUAUAUUUCGAAGAUAUCGCCCGGAAGCCUGGCUGCUAAAGACGGCAACUUAGCUGUGGGAGACAGAGUAUUAAACAUUAAUAGUAAACCGAUGGAUACCGUAACCACCGCGCAUGAAGCAAUGACCAUCUUGAACGACACUACCGUUGAUGUGUUAACAAUCACGACGUUGAAGGGUAUUCCAGUGCCUUCCGCGUCCAGUUCGGAGACGAUGAUGAUAGAUGGCAGCUUUGCUAAGGGAAAACAAGAAAUGGUAAACAGCUGCUCGCAAACUGAGCAGGAAAGAAUGAUGUUGAAAGCCUCGUCAGAUGACUAUGAGAGGCGAUAUCUAAACUCGACAAACUUUGAUCGAAACGUUUACAAAGCCUCGAAAUCUGUGAGCGGCGAAAAAUCGAGCGGCAUUAGUAACGCUUGGGACAACUUCCGGGAGAAGAUCGAUAUAGUGCGAGGUCGCAAGUCUAGCAAGGAGCGCGACGACAGCAAGAAGAAGGGUCACCGCAAUUCCAGUCCGAACACUUUCGAGCAAGAACAGGAUGCGAUAGCGGAGCUGGACUCAGUGAUCGACUCUGUGAGCUACCACAAGAAGCCGAGCAAUAGCAACAAUGGUGUGGCAAAGCGGAGCAAGCGUCGCGGGAGCGAGAAAAUUGAGAAGAACGGUGGCACGUGGCCGAAGGCGCGCGGCGGACCCCUCAUACAAAACGGGACCGGUACUAUAUUGCACCCGCGCAAGUCAAAAGAACGUUUUCCCCUCAGUAUACUCCUGCAUCCACCAAAAUACGAUAAUCAUAAUUACAAUCGUAUUUCUAAUCCCAUUCCCUUGACCAACUUUUCUAAUGUUAAUAACCGUCAUACCGUAGCAGUGGAGACGCCGCUACCAAGUUUCACCAAGAAUGGCCAGCUCUUUAAUCAGAAGUCGUCGUUUGCGCCAUCGGUCCAGUUCAAGGAUAACGCGAUCGACAACAGCAGCAAGAAGCCGUCAACGGAGUUCGAGAGCAGCGUGUCAGAUACCGGGCGACUGAGUUCCGCGCUGGCGCCGUCCGAGACUAGUAUCGACAUCUCGGUAAAGUCCGGCGGCGUUAGCCGCGAUCUUGACACAUUUUUUGGAAGCAAACGACCGCAAAAAUACACCGGCGGAAGCAGCGACACGCAGGUCACUACAGACACCUUGCAACACAAUCGUGCGCACUCACAACUAUAUUCGUCGGGUAUUGGCGGCUCGUCUACGUCUGCCGUGUCAUCGACUAGCGGUCAGACAUCACGUCAGCAGAUAGCUCCCGGUAACUUUUCGUUUCCUCCGCAUCAUCCGCACGCUGUGUCGUCACACCCACAUUAUCUACAUCCCCAUCUCGCGCACCAGAACUCCUUGUCCUCGCGCUAUCCCUCGCCGCCGUCACUGCCGACUGCGUUGUCAGGCGAAUCGAUAGGCCUACCUGACGCACGUACCUACUGUUUUGAACCCCCGUACAGCCCUGGACUCUCGCAAACAGCCACGGCCACCUACAGCCACCUGCACACUCCCUCUGUAGAUUAUCACUAUCACAAGUCUCGUGUUCCGGUCGUGAUCUGCGACGCAACCGUCUACGCACAUGGUUACGAAGGCGGCACGUUGCCAGGCCGGAAGGAAGAUCAGCGGAUUCGUAUACCGUCCAACACCAGCGUCACAUCCAAGAGCAGCGUCGGCAAACUUUCCACCGGUAGCAUAGAAAGAACUUCCGAGCGAGGCAGUCCGAUGCCAUCGUUUCAUGUGGAAGUGUUGAGUCCAGGUACCAGUAGCACUGGAAGCACUGUGAAAGAAAACAAUAUCAGCAAUAAACGCGCCAGCAUGCCGGACUAUUGUUACUCACAACCGCGACCCGCACCCGGGGAACUGCGUAGAGUGCACAUCGAUAAAUCCGUCGAGCCACUGGGCAUACAAAUCUCGUGUCUAGAAAGUGGCGGUGUGUUCGUGUCUACAGUACAUGAACACAGUUUGGCGUCGCAGGUCGGUUUACAGAUUGGUGACCAAUUGUUAGAGAUUUGCGGUAUCAAUAUGCGAAGCGCGACCUAUCAACUAGCAGCUAGUGUUCUACGUCAAUGCGGUAGCUCGAUUACGAUGUUAGUGCAGUACAGUCCGGACAAAUACACCGAGUUAGAGGGUUCGGCGUCAUCGAGUGCUCCAUCGGAAGCUGGCGAUGGCGCCGCGACCGGAAGUCGUAGUGGUUCACCAACGCCGUGCAAUAGUCCGGAAGCAUUGCGAAAGAGCACGGUAGAAACGUUAGAACCUGUUGAACCGGAACGCGACACUACCAUCACUAUUAGUACAGCAGCUCCUACCGUUACUACUACCGCUGCACCUAUCAUGAGCACUUUACGGGUCGAACGGGAUAUGCGGCCGUCCGCUUCACUAGAAGUGAGAAGCACGCAGGAGCGGCAACGCGAGAUGAGGCCGUCCGCGUCGUUGGACAUCAACAUUCGUAAGCCGGAACUUCGCAGCGCUGCCACGUUGGAUCGACUAACCCGCGCGCAGAUGCAACGUCAGAACGCGAUGAGAAGCCCAACUCAAGAGGAGCAAAACAAAAAGCCACCGCCGAGCAACGAACCUAGGAUCUUGCUGAUCGAAACUAGGAAAUGUUCGAAUCUCGGUAUCUCUCUUGUGGGCGGCAACGGCGUCGGUAUUUUCGUCCAUUCCGUUCAGCCGGGAUGUCUCGCCGAGGAGGCUGGUUUGUUUACUGGCGACCGUAUUCUUGAAUAUAAUGGAACUGAUUUGAGACAGGCGACUGCCGAACAAGCCGCUCUCGAGUUGGCUCGGCCGGUGGACAAAGUAACGCUUGUCGCCCAAUAUAUGCCUGAGCGAUAUAACGAAGUAAAGGACAAGCCAGGUGACAGUUUCUAUGUGAAAGCGUUGUUUGACAGAACGGGCGAAGUGGGUGACAGUUUGCAGCUGAGAUUCAACAAAGAUGACAUUCUUUAUGUGGAUAAUACCAUGUUCAACGGUACGCCGGGCCACUGGCGCGCUUGGAUAGUCGAUCAAACCGGACGUAGACAGACUUGUGGAAUAAUUCCCAGCAAAUACAAAGUUGAGGAAGAGUUACUUCUACGACGAUCUCUGGGCGAUUUAGAGCAAGAUACUGGCAGACGCAGUAAUACUAGUGCUAGAAGAAGCUUUUUCCGUCGAAAAAAGCAGCAGCAACGAUCGUCUAGCAGUAGAGAUAGCAAGGAACUGUCACAUCUGACUGGGGUCAACCUAGGAUGGUACAGUGAUAGUGGAACGUUGAACGAAGAUAGUCUUCCAGCGAGUUACCAGCGCGUUGAAAGACUCGAUUAUCCCACUCUGAGACCUGUGCUAAUUAUCGGUCCGCUCAGUGAAAGCGUGGUGACUAGGCUUCUGCAAGAAUAUCCGAAACAGUUUACCAGAUGUCUCGUGGAAGCGAUGCACUGUUCCCAGUCGACUUUGGAGCAAGGUUUACGCGAUAUGCUUUACGUGGAUUAUAGAAAAAAAGGCAGCUACUUUGAGUGCACCACAGUGCAGGCUGUUAAAGAUGGGUGUGACAAGAACACGCAUUGUAUUUUGGAUGUGUCGAUUGCUUCCAUUGAGAGGCUUCACAAACAUCAAAUUUAUCCUAUCGUUCUUUUACUUAAAUUUAAAGACCGGGCACAGAUAAAAGAGGUGAAAGAUUCCAGAUAUCCAAGUGACAAAAUUGGUACAAAGGCGGCAAAAGAGAUGUUCGAGCAAGCGCUCAAAAUAGAAGCAGAAUAUAAGCACUACAUCUCUGCUAUAAUUCCGGCGGGCGUGAAUAUAGCAUAUAUAUGCACGCAGGUGAAAGCUUCUGUAGAUGAAGAACAAAGCAAAGCGCUGUGGGUACCUAGAGGGGGGACCUGACAAAGAAGGGGGGGUCCCCACAAACCGCAGUGGAAGUCAAUCUAAAUUCCACCAGGGGGCCCUUACGUCGCGCGUAUACGCAAAAAAUUACUAUACAAAAUCGAUUCUUUUAUUUAUGGUCUCUUGAUUUCCGAUAGAGGAUGCGACAUAAAUAUGCGUAUUCUCCAUUUAACGAAAGAUCACCACUUCCUAUCAUUGCUAAUCGCUCAAUUUGGUUGUGAUAAUACGAAUUUUUGCAGUCCAGUUUUAUUUUAGUGCAUUUAGCUCGUUGAGUCAUCGCGAUAUAAAACAGGUACGUAUACAGAUUUCCGUCGCGUUUUUUGUUUCAGUUGCUUUUUGAAAACUGAAUUAUUUCGAAGUUACGCAGGUUUCUAUCAGACUAUCCGUAUCGGUAUGUCUAUAUAUAGCUCAUCUGUGAUCAAUAUAUAAAUUUAUCUAUAGAAACUAUAUAUAUAUAUCAAUUUUUAUAUACGUAUAACUGUAAACGAAAAAAUUCAUAUUGAAAGAUUAAUCAACUUCGUGCAUUUUUGACUUUCUUGAUAUAAACAAAUCACAUAUAAUCAGCAAUAUCAAUAAAAGUAUGAAAUUGGUGCUUGCUCUGUAUGAAGUACUUUUACUGGUAUUCAUUGACUGCAAUUAACAAGCAGCUCGCGUCUGCAAUCAACUCACUUCGAUUAUAUGUGUUAAUCAAAUAAACAAUACAACGGGAAAUGCAGCUAAAGUUUAUGAAACCAAUAAUAUUCGUACGAGACCAUAAGAGAAUCAGCUAAAAAAAAAAAAAAAAAA